AUGGCAGGGACUUCUAGUAUUGUUCAUGCCAUUUAUGUGAUCAUCAUCCAACUCCCUCUUUUGACAUUUGCAGCUGGCAUCCUAUACAUUGCGACAACAUGUAUCUACCGAAUCUAUUUCCACCCAUUUGCCAAAAUCCCCGGCCCAUUUCUCGCAAAGCUAACCGAUGCAUAUGCAUUGUAUCAUGCUUGGAUAAAGGAUACCCAUCUCACAAUCUACAGUCUUCAUAAUCAAUACGGUACCAUCAUUCGCUAUGGGCCUGAUAAGAUUCUUGUCAAUGAUGUCGAUGGAAUGAAGGAAAUAUAUGGCUUCAAUGCAAAUUUCCGAAAGGGCAGAGAGUACGAAGCGAUGAGAUUUAAUCCUGUGCAUAGUAUAUUCAAUGCUACGGAUAAGAAGAUGCAUCGACGAAAAAGAAGGCUGGUGGGUCAAGGAUUCUCCGAUAGUGCCCUCAGGGCGAGUGAAAGUUCUAUUUUGGAGCACAUUGAUCGCUUUGUCAAUGCUGUCCUGGAUGAGGAUGGAAGGGAUGAGAAAAGAGGAGGUUGGGUGGCUGCAAAAGAUGUGUCAGUGUUUGCAAGUUACCUAUCCCUUGACUUGAUCACCGAUCUAGUGUUUGGAAAAUCUACCGAUACACUGAUCAAACCUGAUAAUCGGCAGUUCAGGCCUCUUCUUGUCAUGACUGGUACCCGAAUGACUAUGGCUUUCCAAAUGCCGUCUGCGUUUCGGACUGGUAAGUCCGGGCAGUGGUUGGAUUUGGGCACUUGGAUGCUUCAUAAUGUCGACAUUUUACGAGCACAAUGGGCUGGAAUGCUACGAGGAUGGGCUAUGGACAGAAUACAAGCAGAAAAAACUUGUACAACCGAGCCUAGCCGGAGAGAUAUGAUGUCUACAAUCAUCAAUGCUACAGACCCGGAUACGGGGGAGACACUAGACCCACAAGAAAUCGGUGCGGAGGCAUUUACAUUGAUCACUGCUGGAGGGGACACUACCUCUGUAGGGAUAUCGGCAACAUUUUUUUAUCUCUCCCGCAAUCCUAUUGCAUACGAGCGUCUUGUCAGGGAAAUCCGGUCUCGAUUUGAGUCGGUAGAUGCUAUUCGCAUAGGAAGCACGCUUUCUUCGUGCCAUUAUCUCCGCGGAUGCAUCGACGAAGCAAUGCGCAUUUCUCCACCAAUAGCAGUCCCUUUGUACCGUGAAGCAGGACAAGGUGGCGCUACGAUUUGCGGCGUUUUCGUUCCAGAAGGCUAUGUGGCAGCGUCUCACGUUUAUGCAAUGCACCACAAUGAAAAAUAUUAUCCAGACCCUUACUCAUACCGACCCGAGCGAUGGCUUCCUCCGACCCCUGCGUACGAAAAUGAAUCAAUCUCAGUGACACAAGAGGCGAAAUCCGCUUUUCUAGCUUUUAGUCACGGGCCCAGAAACUGCAUCGCUGUUAAUUUGGCAUAUCUGAAUCUCAGUCUCUCUGUUGCAAGGUUGGUGUGGAUGGCCGAUUUUCGGGUUCCACAUUAUCCAAGCCUUGUGCGUAUUGGAGAGGGCGAUCCAAAUGAUAAAAAUCCGUUGCGCAGGAGAGUGAAUGAAUAUCAGUUGUAUGAUAUCUUUGCUUCGGAUAAAAAGGGCCCAAUGCUGGAAUUUAGGCGAAGGGAUGGGGGUAGAUGA